AUGGUCAGUUUUUCGUGCGAGGUGUGCAAUGACACGGUGAUCAAAAAGAAGCUGAUGGGCCAUUUCAACAGGUGCCCGCAGGCGUAUUUUACCUGCAUUGAUUGCAACACCACAUUUGAGGGCACGGAGUUUCAGAAGCACACUCAGUGCAUCACCGAGGACCAAAAGUACCAGGGCAAACUGUACAAGCCCAAGGAGAAAGCGGCAACAGUCGAGCCCAAGGAGAAAGCAGUGAAGGUCGAGCCGAAGGUUGAAACGAAAACGGCAAAGGUAAACAAAUCCAAGCCCAAGGGAGCGGUCAUGAUCAAAAAGGCCCAAACUCUGGACAAAGUGCUAAAGUCGCUGCGGAAAGAACACAAUCUCGACAAAAAGGAUCUGCUCAAAGCCCUGAGACUCACCUCCGAAGGCAACUUGGAAUGGGUCUAG